AUGAAUCGCCGAAGACGCGCCGAAGACGGUGAUGAUAUCGAAGCUGUCGUCGAACGCCGCGUGUCGAGUAAAAAAGCACGUCCACCGGCGAGGACGACAUUCCUUCGACGGAUUACUUUUGCGUUGACGACGGCGUUGGUGACGUUCGCGUGCGUGAAGAAUGACCUAUACGCGAACAUGAGGAAGCCAGAAGUUUACAAGGUGGUUGAUGCCGGUCGCGGCACCGUGCGUUGGGCCAUCGAAGAACGCGUGAGCGCGUGGAACGGCGUCGGCGCGCACGCGGCGAAGUUUCCCGAUGAGUUUGGUUUGAGGCGAGUGCAAAGUAUGUGCGAUGAAAUCGCGGUAGGCUCGCUCAGCGCCACGUAUUGGCCUUUGAACGUGAACUCAUCUGGAUUUUCGGAUUCGCGCGCGCUUUGCGAAGCGCUCAACGAUUUGCCUGGUACUUUGCGGUUGUACACGUUGAAAACGCCGCGCGUCACGCGCUUGAAGUACGCCUUCGCAGAAAAAAUACCAACGUUUAAUCGCGGUUACGGCGUCGAGACUUACCUAGCUCGAGAGAUUGAACGAGGUCCAUUCGCGACGCGGUCGUUCAAGGACGCGACGGCGAUCUUCAUCCCCGUCAGACCGUACCUCCAGCGACUGCUCACGGCUGAAGCGUACGUCAUGGCAGGCCCGGCUAAAGGGUCGAACAACAACGGUGCGAUUCGUCAAGCGAUUCGCGAUAGACUAUCUCGCGACAUUGAGCGCGUGAAAGCGAUCAACGCCGAGGCGUGGACGUCCAAACAAAAGUGCGCGCGCGUCGUCAUGACGAAUAUAGAUAUCGGACUCUCGGCGUUCGAUUCCUCCGAUGACGAAGUCCGACACGGUGCUGUGGUGAUAACUGGCAACUCUGAAUUGCCGAUACAAAAUUCAGAAGACGCCAAAGACGACGAGGCGAGAGCGAGAAGAGCGAACGCAGUGCAAGCUGGUUUUGAUCCGGCUCGCCACGUCGCUAUCUGGUUCGGAAUUUCGAGUCAUCUACCUCGCGAAGUCGUGCGCAUGGGCGCGCUCAAAUCGACGAACGUAAGAACCAUUGAAGUUUCGUUCCGAGGAUCCAUGCAUCGGGGUGGCGUGCGACGAGUCGUGUUUCCAACUUUAAAGCAAGCGGAGGCGGGACGGGGGUGGGACUUGAGUACGAGCGGACAAGACAAGCCGCGAGACUACAUGACGAUGCUGUCCAAGAGCAAAUAUUGCCUGUACGUCUACGGCGAUCGCGCGCACACCGCGCGGUUGUACGACAUCAUCACAUUUGGGUGCGUGCCCGUGAUCGUCGCGGACGGCUAUGAUCUACCGUUCAGUUGGCUCUUCGAUUGGUCGAAAUUCAGCGUGAGAGUGCUCGAAGACGACGUAGCGACUUUGCCAAGCAUUCUCGACCGCGCUGAUUAUGAUUCUUUGCGCAGAGAGCUCGUGAAAGUUCAUUCAUUUUUUCAAUACCACAAUCGUGGUAGUAUUUUCGGCGACGCUUUCUGGAUCACCAUGUUAGGCGUGCGGCGGCAGCUCGCGAAGUGCACGUAG